GAGCAACAGAAGCCGCCACCAGGACCGGGACAAAACCAGGAAGAGGAAGUGGGCAGUGACCUCUUGAGGGGGGGCGGGGGCAGGGGGGAGAAAGACGCAGAGGGUCAGGCGGCUGCCCGGCCGACACUCCGAGGAAGGGCUUGAGGAGGCGGAGGAGAACCUGUGGAGCGUUUUUUGGCAUUGGAGGAGGAAGACGGGUGCCUGAGAUUUUUGAAAUAAUACCUCCUCUUCGUCGUCUUCGUCAUCUUCAGAGGCUGGAACCCUGAAGGAACAUCUGCGGAGGUCUUUGGAGUUGUUUUCCUUUUUAUUUGGCGAGUAACUCCGCACGGGAUCGAAGAGGAUUUGGGACCUCGGACUGACGGCAGAGAGAUCAUGGCUCUGCUUCGCCUUUGGACCGCGGGGCUUAUGCUCGCCCUGGCCUGGUGCGUCUCCCCGGGCACGUCUGAGGAGUCGGGCCUCGACGACAUCGUGAAGAAGGAGAGCCAUCCGGUCCUGUCCAGGGUGAAGAGGGAAUGGAUCUGGAACUCUCUCUACGUGGAGGAGGAGAAACCGGCACCCAGUCCUUACAAGAUCGGACAGCUCAAGUCCAGUCAGCGAGUGGAGGUGAAGAGGUUCAAAAUCGAGGGAGAAGGCGCCGACAACAUCUUCACGGUGGACCAGAAAGGCGACCUGUUCGUCAGCAAGUCUUUGGACCGAGAGGAGAAGAGCUCGUACCAUUUGACCGCCAGGAUGUACGACGGCAACAACAAGCUCAUCGAAGACUCGGGAGACUUCGUGGUCCAGGUGACGGACAUCAACGACAACAGCCCCGUGUUCCCCAGACCUUACAAUGGGUCCAUCAUGGAGCGGUCCACCAUAGGAACCAAAGUGAUCGAGGUGAGGGCGACCGACGCCGACGACCCCACCACCGCCAACGGCGAGCUGCGCUACUCUCUGACGCCGGACGGCGACCUCGCCGCCUUUGAAAUCGACAGCAUCACAGGUAUGGUCAGCUGCAAGACCGGCGCUCUGGACCGCGAGACCAAGAGCCAGUACGUGGUGGUGGUGCGGGCUCAGGACAUGAGGGGGAUGGCCUCCGGCAGCACGUCCACCACCUCCGUCACCAUCACCAUCGGCGACACCAACGACAACAUCGCCUCCUUCACCAGACGCACCUACGAUCUGCAGGUUCCGGAGGACCACAAGUUGAACGAGAAGAUGGGGACUCUGGAGCUGGAGGACCGGGAUCAGAUUCAAAACAAGGAGCCCAUCUUCACGCUGCCCAACGACAACAAAGUGUUCUACGUGGACCUCAACCUCAACAAGGACGGCAACCUCAUGCUGCGUCAGGCCUUGGACUACGAGACCCGAAACAGUUACUCAUUUAGCGUGCAGGUGCGGGAAAACCUGCGAAACCUGCGCUACCCCGCUGACAACGUGGCCACGGCCGUCACCACAGCCCAGGUGAACGUCAGGGUGUUGGAUGUGGACGAGCCGCCCGUCUUUUCGCAGUCUGUCUACACCUUCAACGUGUUGGAGGAGCGACUGGUGAACAAAGUCGGCACGAUCAGCGCCAAGGACCCCGAUAAAGCCAACAGGAGCAUCCGAUACGCCAUCUUGGACAAGGACUGUCCGCUCGCUAUCAACCCAAUCACAGGGCAGCUGUCCACCCUGAGGACUCUGGACCGUGAGCUGCAGGCCACACACAUGUUCCAAGUUAAAGCCCAAGAGGAGCCAAGCGGUUUGGAGUCGUUCGUCAGAGUGAACAUCGUGGUGGACGACGUCAACGACAACAAGCCCGAACUGGCCGUGGACGAGAUCUUUGUCUGCGAGAACGACGUCGCAAAGACGGUGAUCGGAACGCUGCGAGCCACGGACAAAGACGAGCAGCCCGCCUCCUUCACCUUCGCUCUGGCAAGUCCCAGCUCCAACUUCUCCAUCAGAGACUUUGGCAACAACACAGCGGACGUCCUGGUGGAACAAGGCUCCUUCAGCCUGGACGACCCCAGAGACUACAGCGUGGACGUUAGCAUCAGCGACGGUGGACGCCCCGUCCAGACUAGCACCACCAAACUGGCCAUCAAGGCGUGUCGCUGCGAUGCCAGGCGGAUUCCGACGCAAUGCAAGGCCGUGGCUCAGAAGAUGGGAGUAAGCGUCCACGUGCUGAUCGCCAUCCUUCUCUGCAUCCUCACCAUCUUGGUGAUCGUGAUUCUGUUCGUGAUGAAGAAACGCUUCCACAAGGACUCGCUGGCCGGCAUGAAGAACAGCGGCGAGAUUCACGAACAGCUGGUCACGUACGACGAGGAGGGCGGAGGGGAGAUGGACACUAACGGCUACGACGUCUCCAUCUUGACGUCGGCGUUCCACGACGGCUCCCUUCUCCGCCACCCGGACCGCCACCCCCACCCGUCCCUCUACGCCAUGGUCCAGAAGACGCAGCCGCCGCACCACGGCCAGGCCGCCGCCUGCAAGGGCGACAUGGCGGCCAUGAUCGAGGCGAAGAAGGACGAGGCGGACCACGACCGGGACGGCAUCCCGUACGACACGCUGCACAUCUACGGCUACGAGGGGCCCGAGUCCGUGGCGGGCAGCCUCAGCUCUCUGGCGAACUCCUCCAGCGGCUCGGACUCGGACUACGACUUCCUGAGCGACUGGGGGCCCAGGUUCAGGACCCUGGCCGAGCUGUACGGCGUGGACGAGUCCGACUACUACCACUAAAAGUCUUCUGGGGAACAUUCCGGAAUACUAAACAGCCAUAAACACACACACACACAUAAAAAAAAGUUUCUGAAGAAACUUGUGGAGUCCGAGAAACUCCAUCAAGACAAAGCUCUGUCUCGUCCAAUCAGAUAUAAGGAUGUCACAGGAAGGGGAGGGGCUUCCUCUUUUCAUUAAGCUUGCCUGGAAGGUGGCAGACAAUCAGUUGACGUUUGGUAUUAUUUUUCGUAUUCUGUGUUUAUUCACACGUUCAUGCGUAAUCCUUGGAGUAAGAAGUGCAGGCUUCGCUACACAUCUUAAAAUUCCAAUAUAACAUAGUGGGACUUAAAUUUGUGGAAAUAUACUACAAGAUGGGACCUUCAAAGGCUGCAUAAAAUAGUGGUAAUUUUCACAUUUACGAACAGGAUUCGAUUUUUAUCGUAUAAAUGACAACAUGAGUGCAAAUGCCUUCCCCUCACCUUCAGUGUGGUGUUGUUCUUAACCUUUUUGACCUCGGGGGCCCAACUUUUCCACUACAUAGGGGGCCGGGGGCCCUGUCAAACAUUGACACUGAGUUAGUAAUCUUACUUUUGAUUUUAAUCAUAUUUAAUAAUUAUAGCUAACCUAUUUACAGUUCAACGGGAUACAACUUGUCAAAUAAUAGAAAAAUGUGUUAUUCACAAAUAUUAUUAUCAUAAAAACUGGUAAAAAAAUAUCAUAUAUAUAUAUAAUUUUACUUACAAUUACGCAGUACUAAAAUAAAUACAU